AUGGCCAAACUGUCGGACGAUGAAAUUAUCAACUUUAUGAAGGACAUGCUUAGCUACACGGUCAAGAGGGAACAGCUGUCAAGUCCCAACAGACAACUUGUUAUUGAGAUUUACGCUCAGUUUUUACAAGAGUUGGACUUUGAUGUCAACUCUAUCACCCAACGCGACUUUAUGGCUUGCGGCGAUAUGACCAAUGUCGAAGCAAUGGACGGAAUCCUGGUGCCAAUUCAUAUCUACACCAUUGUCCAGCAAUGUGUAGUGCACUAUGGCAUCCACGACAUGAACUUGAUGGACAUUCUCUCACCUAAACGCAGUCGAACUAACAGAAUCAUCAGUGCUUUGUGUUUCUUUUUCUUGAGAUACAGCGCAGUUAAGAAAGAAUGGCUGCGAUUGAAGAACGAAGGGCUUGCUAUCCGUACUGAAAUACUGCAGCUUAAGCAAAAAGAUCAAGAGCUGAAGCAUUUGAUAGAGGAAAAGUCUAUGCUUUUCACGUCACUGAACAAUAACUCGGAAGCUAUGGAAAAGGAGAAAAACGCUCUAAUCGAGGAGAACAAAAAGAAGAAGCGCGAAAGUGACGAGAAAUCAGAGCAAUUCAAGUUGACGAAAACUGAGAUACUUAAACUGGAAGACCGACUAUGUAGCGUCAACAUUGAAAUCAGCAAGGGGAAAGAGGAAAUCAAGCAACUGGAAGAGCUUAUCAUAAAGUCACCACAAAAGUCGAUUCAAAUUACCGCCGACAUGGAAAGGGCUCUGAUGGAGUUGAAGAAAGAGGUGCCUGAAAAGAAGCAACAGCUGAUGACAAUCAACAAAAUGAUCGACUGCUACAAGGCGGUCUUGACUUAUCUGAAACCAUCGACUGGGGACAUUAGCAAUUUGCUUAUCAUGCUCUCUUCUACCGACAAAGAAUGCGAAAAUUUGGAGAACAUCAAGCAAGAUACUUUGUCACUGAGGGAGGAAAUUAAGAGCAUCAAAAUUAAGAUGAGCGAAUGCCAAAAGGCCAAACAGGGCUGGCAGACAAAGAUAAACAAUUGGGCAAGGCAGCACCAGCGUAUUUUCGGUCAACUUGAAGGACUGAACAAUGGCCUGCAGGAGUCAAAGAAGAAGAAAUCGGAAGACAUUGCCAAGUUGCAGGGCCAGAAACAGUGGGUAGAAAAGGCAUUGAAGCAGCUUCAGAAUACUAAUGACAACCUGGACAAGGACUUUCAGGAGAUUGAGAAGCGCUAUACCGAUACAAUUUCCAAAUAUAAAGAGGAACUCAUAAAGCGCUUUUAA